CUUGCUAUUUUACAUGGGUAUGAUAUGACACAAUUAGAGACGGAUUGACCGAUUGAACAAACAGGAAAAGGUCAGUGUUUAUGACAUACAUAUUGUGUCCAGCGUGCCACGGACAGCUGAAGAGUAGUUCACUAGAGAGACUUGCCAAAUUAUCGAUCUUCCGCCAUGAAGACUCGACUCGUACGUUCGUAAAAACGAAACGAGGAAAAAAUAAGUUAUGAACCUUGUUUACAUUACAACUAAACAAGACGCCUGACUGUUCAAUUUUGCUUCUUGCUGAAAUCUUGCGCCGAAGGGCGUUUGUAUGUGAAAUGUGGAGUGUUUUUGUACGCUGAUAAAAUUCCGUUGGCUGGAAAGAAGGAGACAUUUAAAUCAAGUUGCUGAUGCGAUUGAGAUUAGCACUGGAGAUUGGCUGACACUUCACCAUGGCAAACCAGAACGGACCCACGGGGACCAAGGUUUUUAAAAAGACAAGCCCAAAUGGAAAGAUAACGACAUACCUGGGAAAACGAGAUUUCAUUGAUCACCUAACUCAUAUAGACCCUAUUGAUGGCAUAGUUCUGGUUGAUCCUGAUUACUUACAAGGAAGGAAAGUGUUCGCCCAUGUAUUGGCAGCAUUUCGUUAUGGACGUGAAGAUUUGGACGUUCUUGGUCUUACAUUUAGAAAAGACCUUUACUUGGCAAAUUUUCAGGUGUACCCCCCAGUGGAGGACCAAGCUAAACCCCUCACAAAUCUACAGGAGCGACUCAUUAGAAAAUUAGGAUCCAAUGCCUAUCCUUUCUUCUUUGAGCUUCCUCCCAACGCCCCAGCCUCUGUUACACUACAGCCCGCCCCAGGGGAUACUGGCAAGCCCUGUGGUGUAGACUAUGAGUUGAAGACGUAUGUUGCUGACAAUGUAGAUGAAAAACCACAUAAAAGGAAUUCAGUUCGUCUGGCGAUAAGAAAGCUGACAUAUGCCCCAGUAGAACCGGCUCCACAGCCCAGCGCUGAAGCCACGAAAGAUUUCAUGAUGAGUCCAGGAAACAUCAAAUUAGAGGCCUCACUUGACAAGGAAAAAUACUACCAUGGAGAAAGCAUAGCAGUUAAUGUAUUGGUGGAUAAUAAUACAAAUAAAUCGGUUAAAAAAAUUAAGAUUUCUGUUCGUCAAUUUGCUGAUAUUUGUUUGUUUUCAACUGCACAGUAUAAAUGUGGCGUUGCAGAAAUUGACAGCGAGGAAGGCUUUCCUAUUCAACCUAGUCAGAUAGGGUUUUGCAAAGUUUACUAUGUGACCCCAUUGUUGUCCAAUAAUCGAGACAAGCGGGGUUUAGCUCUAGAUGGCAAGCUUAAACAUGAGGAUACAAAUCUGGCCAGUUCCACAAUUAUGACUGAAUCUAGUCAAAAAGAGAACCUAGGGAUUGUUGUUUCCUACAAAGUGAAAGUGAGGCUUAUUCUUGGAUUUGGAUCUGGAGACCUGUGUGUAGAGCUACCGUUUACAUUGACUCAUCCUAAACCAGCAGAAUCCCCUCCCCCCUCCCGUCCUAUCAGUGUGGUCCCCAAGGAGGGAGAUAAUGUGCCGGUGGAUACUGACCUUAUACAGCUGGAUACAAAUGGAGUGGAGCCAGACAAGGAUGAUGACUUUAUUUUUGAAGACUUUGCAAGACUAAGAUUAAAAGGUCAUGAUCCAGAUGACACAGAAGCUUAAGCUGACCUUUGAACCUACAUUUUAAAAAAAUCUGCCAGAACCGGAAUUUUUUAUGUGACAUGUCACACGUGCAGGUGUGUUAAACCUUUCAGGAUAAAUUGAGAAUUUGCAGGAGAACUUUCUCUAAAAUUCUCAGAACACAAAGUGGUAGAAAAACAAGAUAUACUGCAGAAUGAUUUGGGUGUGUUUAUGUGUUGUCAUAGUAACAAAUGUGAAGUUUAUAUAUAUAUUUUUAUUGUAAUUAAAACCUGAUAAGUGUAUUUAUUGAAGCCUGUUUUAUAUAUAAUACUUUAUAUAUUUCUGCAGAAGGCAAAGGACUCAUUUGUCAAAAGAAACACUUUAUCAGGUUACAACUAUAACUUUGUACUGUAAAAUCUGGUAAAUUGAAGUCAUCCCUCAGCAUUUAAGUGUGAUAAAGGAAUACACUAUUUUUGCAAUUUAUUUGAUUGAACCAUGAAAUUCCCCAAAAAUACAGAAGUGUAGACUUCACUCAUCAUGCAGUAUAGAAGCCCCUUCCCAUAAUGCAGUAUAUAAGCCCCUUCCUAUUUCGGUGCUUCUGACCUCAGUUUGUGAUGUGUGUGUUUGUGUGAGAGUUUGCGUGUGAGUUUGAGUGUAUUUGUGAUAGCCAGUUAUUUGUAUAAUGUAGAAGACUCAGUAUUUUGGGUGGCUUGAGAAUGUUUUAGUAUUAUAUAUUUAUUACAAAACUAUAGCGCUUGUUUUGAAAGGUUUAGAAAAUCAGCAUAAUUUAAAAAAAAAAAUCUUUUACUUUGUAUUGUAAAUGUUCAAAUUAUUGUGCUUUAACAGUUAAAAAAAAUUGUAUUGUUUCCCUGAAAUCUUGAAGAUAACAUUUACCUUUAUAUGCAAAAAUUGAUGAAAUCAAGUCUGUGUGUACUCCCAUUCAUUGAUGUUGUUCAUUGCCCAAGAAUUUUUAUACCAAUUAAAAGCAAAGCUAAAAUAUUUAAUCCUCAUUUUUUUUAAAUGUAUAAAAAAAAAACAGCAUGGUACAUGUAUGUAUUCCAUUCUUUUUUACUGAUUUUUUUUUCCACAGUAAAUCGUGAACUCUCUAACAUGUAUGUAUAUGGUGUCAAUGGAAUUGCCUGAAUUUUGAUUUGCUUUAAUAUAUUUUUAUCAGUUCAUAAGAAAACAGUUAUUUCUGACUCAUCGAAUAUUUCUAACAUUAACAUGCUUAUAGUGAAAACAGGUCUGCAUGUUACAUAUAGUAUACUUGAUUCUGACAAAUCGGGCACUCGCAGGUAACCUGGUGAUGACUGGCAACACAUUUGAUUGUAAACGGGUAUUGCACGUGCAUCAGGCGGCUUCAAAAUGGCUUCCUUGGAAAAAGUAGUAUCGAAAUUGGUUUAUUAUAAGACAUAAAGCUUUUGAUUGAGGUAUGCUGGUGUGAUAAGCAUGACUUCAAAAGUGUAGUCCUCUUCUAUGCUUGGUAAUGUUUUACGAUAGAAAUACAAAAUUUUUAUCCUGUACGAUAGCCAGAUCACUUGAUUCUAAGUGCGUAGCCAGGUUUACCAGGCUUGGUUAGGCUUGGUCAAAUUCUAUCUGAAUCAAGUAUGCUAAUAGUUUUUAGCUCACCUCGACGAAGUCGAGAUGAGCUUAUGCUAUACCCCCGGCGUCGGCGUCGGCGUUAGCGUCGGCGUCCCAGGUUAAAGUUUUAGGAGCAAGUCCCAUUCCCAAGUAACUAUAAGCCCUACCUGGACCAAACUUGCAUGGAUGAUGCAUCUAGGGAUGGACACUACCAAACUUGCUUCGGAUGCUGGAUCUGACCUAGAUUUUCCAGAUGAGUGACCAGGUUAAAGUUUUAGGAGCAGGUCCAUUCCCAAGUAACUAUAAGCCCUACCUGGAUCAAACUUGCAUGGAUGAUGCAUCUAGGGAUGGACACUACCACACUUACUUCGGAUGCUGGAUCUGACCUAGAUUUUCUGGAUGAGUGACCAGGUUAAAGUUUUAGGAGCAGGUCCAUUCCCAAGUAACUAUAAGCCCUACCUGGACCAAACUUGCAUGGAUGAUGCAUCUAGGGAUGGACAUGGCCACACUUACUUUGGAUGCUGGAUCUGACCUAGAUUUUCCGGAUGAGUGACCAGGUUAAAGUUUUAGGAGCAGGUCCAUUCCCAAGUAACUAUAAGCCCUACCUUGACCAAACUUGCAUGGAUGAUGCAUCUAGGGAUGGACACUACCACACUUGCUUCGGAUGCUGGAUCUGACCUAGAUUUUCCGGAUGAGUGACCAGGUUAAAGUUUUAGGAGCAGGUCCAUUCCCAAGAAACUAUAAGCUCUACCUUGACCAAACUUGCAUGGAUGAUGCAUCUAGGGAUGGACAUGGCCACACUUACUUCGGAUGCUGGAUCUGACCUAGAUUUUCCGGAUGAGUGACCAGGUUAAAGUUUUAGGAGCAGGUCCAUUCCCAAGUAACUAUAAGCCCUACCUGGACCAAACUUGCAUGGAUGAUGCAUCUAGGGAUGGACACUACCACACUUGCUUCGGAUGCUGGAUCUGACCUAGAUUUUCCAGAUGAAUGACCAGGUUAAAUUUAAGGAGCAGGUCCAUUCCCAAGUAACUAUAAGCCCUACCCGGACCAAACUUGCAUGGAUGAUGCAUCCAGGGAUGGACACUACCACACUUGCUUCGGAUGCUGGAUCUGACCUAGAUUUUCCACAUGAGUGAAUUUUAGCCAUAUUUUAACCAAAUUAGCAUGGAUGAUGUAUCUAGGGAUGGACACUUCCAGACUUGCUUUGGAUUCUGAAUCUGACGUACAUUUUCCAGAUGAGUGACCAGGGUAAUUUUUUUGGAGUAGCUAUAUAAUAUUAUGGCCUGUUAUGAUUAAACUUGCAUAGAUGGUGCAUCUAAGGAUGAAAACUUCCAGACUUGGUUUGGAUGUUGGAACUGACCAAAAUUUUCUUGAUUACUUAACAGGUCAAAAGUUUUUUGAGCAGGUCUAUAAUUAAAUCAAACUUGCGUGGAUAUUGAUCUUGGGAUGUACCCUAACUAGAAAAAAAAUAUGAUGUGAAAUUUGCCUUACAUGUAGAUAACAUUCGUCGAGGUGAGCUUCGUAAUCUUUGAUUACCUAUGUUUUUUUUUCCAACAAAAAAAGCUAAACUGAGAGAUUAACUUUGAAAAGUGUUAAUUAAUUAGUUUUUGGAGCAUGCAUUGUAUACAAAGAGAAAAAAUUGGCAUCUCUGAUAUAUACAAAGUUAAAAAGAAAAUGACAGUUUGGCACUGAAGAUUUUUUUUUCUGCAUGAAAAUUGUCAGUAAUUUUGUGGACUUGAUAGGAGAGUGACUGGUGAUUUUUUUGUAAUACUCAAGCAUCAAUACGGGAUUAGCUUAGAAAUGUAGAUGUAGAUGUUUAGCAAUUUUUUUUUUCUAAAAGUGCUUAAGUAAUACAAUGUGUAACAUUUUUAUGUACAUUGUUUUAAGUUUUGAAGUACAGUGCUUUAACUGAUGAAAUAAAGGAGUUGCAUUAUUAAGUGCAUUUUUUCGAUAAAUUAAGAGUCGAGAACAUUGUUUGAUACUCUAGUAACGUAGAUCACUGGUUAAACUGUUAACAACAGAACAGUAUUCAGCAUUAGCAGAUGAUAAUGGCCUGGUUGUCCUGUGAGAUCUAAGGCCUCACCAUGCUUAUUUAUGUACAACAUUAUAUGCUUUGUUGUUGUUCAGUAGUCCUGAAAUUUAAUCAUUUGUAUUGUUAAGUAAAUACUGAAAUGCA